AUGCUCGACAAGACAUUUGGCACGCACCAGAGGAAAGGCAGGAGCCUGGACAACCCCGUCAACAGGGAGGACACUCGGAGUCCGAUUCAUGGCACUUUUUCUGUUCAUAUCAACAUGGAUCUGACGGAGUAUCAGAUGGACCGUUUGGCUGAUGUGUUCUCUAGUCACAGCAACGUGAAUUGCAAGAGUCCCAUUGGUCUUGAGGGUGACCAAGACGCCAUCAAGAACGCGUUGCAUGAAUUCAAUAAGGACCCAGAACAACACGGUCUAUCCAGCCAAGGCAUGAGUUCUUUCACAAAAUCGAUUCCUCAGAUCCCUCGCCACAACAGAUCGAAACACCAAGGCAACGACGAAUUGAGCCCGUCCCCUUACCAGAAGCGAGGGGAGUACAAGCGUUGCAGCACCUCAACCACGUUCUCCGACCUCAUGCCUCCGUUUUCCGAUAAGAUCGGAAGACUGUCGGGAACGAUUGCCGAACGUCGGUGCCAGAACACGCCAAACCGCAUAGUCGUCGACGAGGCCAGAAAGUAUGGAACCUUUGUGCAUCGCGCUCCGACGGUACCGGCCGCUUGUCACCCUCUCAAGUCUCAUCCUGUAUUUGCGCCUGUAGAUGACAGCUGGUCCUCGGUGUACUCACAAGAAGAGCACCGGGCAGAUGCUCGUGUACGCCCGUUGUCUAUUGAGAAGAGUACCGUGUCGCGUCGCAUUGACGACGCCCUGCAAGCAUACCGCGACUGGGAUCCCAUGGAGAUUUCAAGUCCUGAACUACUUGGUCCAGAACCUUUGAAAAGCCCUACGCGCAAUCGUAGCCCGCAUCCAGAGCGACGAUGCGCCGAGAGCCCCCGCCAAGCGCCCCAGCUUGCCACGCGGGCAGAACAGCUGAAGCAAGUGACAGCUGAGGCAGACUCAUAUUCUCCUCUCGUCACUUACUUUGCUUUUGAGGGUCUUCCUGUGCAAAAGAUUGGCGGCAAAACACUCAUCGGGGAACAGGGUUGGCUUAAGCGUCCCAACACCAAUCAAACCCCGGAACACAAGAAGAAGAAUGGCUCACCGAAGAAGACAGGGCUUCUGGAUAGCAUCAAAAAAAUGGCCAAGGGCAUGACUGAGAGCAAGACCGUGCGGCGGCCUCGUGAGGUCGAGAAGGACGCCAGCCCCCCAAAAGCCGACAAAUUAGCCAUAUCACUGGACCCUCGCGAGCAAAGUCUUCUAUACUGCGAACUAGAAUUCCAAGUCAGCAAUGCCAUCCAUGCAUACAUUACCAACGAGCUCGGCCACGGUCGCCUGGAUACAGAUAAGCUGAAGGUUAUCGCCAAUGGCUGGAAAGGCAAAGGCCGUCCCCGCGUCGUAGGCUUCCGAUAUGACCUGGAGACACAGUUAGAGCUCAUCAACCUUCACCUCACCGAUUUCCGCUUCUUCGGCCGUCGCCAGGGAAAUCCGCUCGAGAUUGCUGGGCUUCUACACGCCAUGAAGGUCAACGCGCGCGCCAUGCGCAUCCGUACCUUCUGUCAGCCCGACUCGGUCAUUGCCAAGCAGCUGGUCGACUCGCAAUCUCUCUUCAACACGAUCGGCUGCUCUGACGUACAGCAGGUUGCGCUUGCUGAAAUCGCCCAGUUCUUCAAGGUCAUUGUCGAGCGCGAGCGGUCGUACCGCAGUCAGCGAACAAGACCCGGCGUCACCGAGCAACAGGGAAUGUUCCACGACUACCGGAAACAACACCACUGGGACUCUUCAGGCAAUGAAGGAGUCAAUGACAUAGAUCAGGCUGGGGCCCUGAAUGGUAAAGACGCCAAUCGAGAUGACGGCGGUGGUUCACCACUCGAGUUUCGUGGCUCGCACUAG